CCAGCCGCCCCCAUUGCUCCAGUCGCAAUCUUCAAGAAGCGCGGCGCAAAGGGCAAAGCAAACCUGCGCAAACGUCCAGCCUCUCCUCCACCCGCAGCAAAAGACAGCGAUGACGACUCGUCCGACUUCGAGUCCUCCGAGGACGAAGCAACAGGCCAGCGCAUCAAGCGGAGGAAAAAGAACCACCACAGCGCAGCCGUCAUGGCCUCGUCGCGAGACCACAACGCCAGUACCAACAGUGGAGUGACAAAAGAGGAGCAGAUUCGGAGCAACACCAUCUACGAAGCCGACCGGGACGCUGCGUUAAGGCUGGACGCAGCAAAGCAGGAUGCUACGAAGGGGAGCAACUGGUUUGACGAGGACAACGAGAAGGAGGAUCUGUCGGUGGGCAAUCUGUUGGGGAGGACGCGGACCAUGAUGAAGACUAAGAAGAGAGUGGGAGGAGAGGAUGAUGCCCAGAACUCGGAACGAGAACCGGACGGGACAUACAGAGGCCUGGCGAACCAGGCGAGUUACAUACAAAAGAAUCCGAACGCACCGAAUCGCAAGGUUGGGCCGAUCAAGGCACCGAGUAAUAUCAGGACGAUUACUAUUACUGAUAUGGCGCCCGAUGUUUGUAAGGACUACAAACAAACCGGCUUCUGCGGCUUCGGCGAUAACUGCAAAUUCCUCCACGCUCGCGAAGACUACGCACACGGGUGGCAACUCGACAAGGAAUGGGAGAACGUAACCAAGGGCAAAAAGAACCUCCAGGGCACCGUCGUCGCCAGCGCCGACCGCCGUAACAAACCCAAGAACACUGCUGAAGAAGAAGAAGACGCCGAAGCAGCCGAAGAAGCUCUCCUGGAAAACAUCCCCUUUGCGUGCAUUAUCUGCCGCGGUCCCUAUUCGAAUUCCCCCGUCGUCACACGCUGCGGGCAUUAUUUCUGCGAGGGAUGUGCGCUGAAAAGGUACCGGAAAGACCCGAGCUGUGCGGCGUGUGGGAGUGGGACGAACGGGGUAUUCAAUGCGGCGAAGAGGUUGGCAAAGCUGUUGGAGAAGAAGAAAGCGAGGGCAGAGAGGUUGAGGAGGGAGGCGAGGGAGAGGGGAGAGGAG